GGAGGGAGGCGGAGUCACCACAGUCCUGGCAGGGCCGCCAUUUUUGCAAAGGCAAAAGAGACUGCUUGUGAGGGGGAUCUAAUUUCGAAAAGUCGCUCUUUGCCCGGCGAAUAGUUUGUUUUUAACGCUCCCACCCCUUUUGAGUUCCUGCGCCGACCCGGGCCUCCCACCCCUUGUGCAGCACCAGAGGCGGCGCGGAAUUUUGGACAGGAGAGGACUAUCUCGAGGACGAGGCGAGAAUCCUAACGUUUUUGAGCUUUUUUCAGCUAGUGAGCCGCAGUGUGUGGACACGAGUAUUGUUUUGGUUGUGGAGGCUGCGUGGACAGCGGCGAGGGUCUUGCCCCGCUGCCUAAUUCGUCUCCUGGACUCCCCCGACGUGGAUAUAAGACUGCCUCGUGGAUGCACUUAGAUGUCUGCGAUGACUGCUGCGGCUGGCAUGCCUCAGUGUUUUGGACUGCCAUUCUCUGGACUCAGUAGGACAAGAACUGAUCAGCAGAGAACGUCAUGAGCAUAGUCAUCCCCGCGGGGGUGGACACAGCAGCAGACGCCUCGUACCUGGACAUGGCGGCGGGCUCUGAACCAGAGUCGGUGGAGGCCAGCCCCGUGGUGGUAGAAAAGUCCAGCUACCCGCACCAGAUCUUCAGCAGCAGCAGCUCUCACCAUUCCCACAGUUACAUCGGCCUGCCUUAUGCUGACCACAACUAUGGGGCGCGGCCCCCGCCCACGCCGCCGGCCUCGCCUCCCCCUUCCAUGUUGAUCCGUCAGGGCGAUGGGGGGUUGUUUGUUCCGGGCGGCCAGGACGAAGCAUCCACGGGCACCACGCUCAGCACCUCCGAGGAUGGCAGCUACGGAGCCGACAUCACCCGCUGCAUCUGCGGCUUCACGCACGACGACGGUUACAUGAUCUGCUGCGACAAGUGCAGCGCCUGGCAGCACAUCGACUGCAUGGGCAUCGACAGGCAGAACAUUCCCGAGACGUACCUGUGCGAGCGCUGCCAGCCCAGACACCUGGACCGCGAGAGGGCCAUCCUCCUGCAGACGAGGAAGCGGGAGUGUUUGUCGGUAGAUGGGGACACCAGCGCCACGGAGAGCGGCGACGAGGUGCCUCUGGAGCUCUACUCCACCUUCCAGCACACGCCCACCACCAUCACCCUCACCACCGGGCGCCUCGGCAACAAGCAGGUGGACAAGAAGCGCAAGAAGAGCGUCGAAAAGGACGCCCCGGCGUCCUCCGCGCGAGCGAAGAAGGCCUUCCGAGAGGGCUCCAGAAAGUCCUCGAGAGUAAAGGGCGCCGCCCCCGAGCAGGACCCGACGGAGCACCCGGCGCUGUGGGAGAACAAGAUCAAGACGUGGAUGGAGCGCUACGAGGAGGCCAGCAGUAAUCAGUACAGCGAGGACGUGCAAGUGCUGCUGCGCGUCAAGGAGCAAGGCGACGGCAAGAGCCUGGCUUACAACACGCACCUGGCGUCCUUCAAGCCCCCGGUGGAGAGUCAGAUUCAAAAGAACAAGAGGAUCCUCAAGGCCGUGAGGGACUUGGCCCCGGAUUCCCUCAUCAUCGAGUACAGGGGCAAGUUUAUGCUUCGGCAGCAGUUCGAAGCCAACGGAUACUUCUUCAAAAGACCUUACCCCUUUGUGUUAUUUUACUCCAAAUUUGACGGGUUGGAGAUGUGCGUGGACGCGCGCAGCUUCGGCAACGAGGCGCGCUUCAUCCGCCGCUCUUGCACCCCCAAUGCUGAGGUGCGGCACGUCAUCGAGGACGGCAUGUUACACUUGUACAUCUACUCGCUGAGGCCCAUCGGCAAAGGCGCGGAGAUCACCAUCGGGUUCGAUUACGACUACGGCAGUUGUAAAUACAAGGUGGACUGUGCCUGCGUGAAGGGCAACCCCGAGUGCCCCGUGCUCAAGCACAACCAGGAGCCCACCGAGAACCUGGGCUCGGGCGGGCGGCGGCGCAACAGCCGCAAGGACAAGGACCCGGGGCGCGAGGACCUGAGCCAGAACCAGAACCUGGGCGUGGACUGCGAGGGGAAGAGCAAGAGCGUGGGCGACUGCAAGCAGAGGAAACUCUCGCCCCUUCGACUCUCCAUCUCCAACAACCAGGAUCCCGACUUAUUUGAGGAUCUCGAAGACAAAACGCCCGUUAGCAAUGAAGUAGAGACGGAGUCAGACGAACAGAUUGCGGAGAGGAGGAAGAAGAUGACGCGAGAGGAGCGGAAGAUGGAGGCCAUCCUGCAGGCCUUUGCGCGCAUGGAGAAGCGGGAGAAGCGGCGGGAGCAGGCGCUGGAACGUAUCGGCAGCGUCAAGCCCGAGCUCGGGGGGCGCAGCGACAUCAAGGAGGAGCCGCCGACCACCCCGGAGGCGGCCGACUCCCCCUCGCUCGUGCAGCCACCUCUUCAAGAGGUCAAAGAGGAGCCGGGCUUGAAGCCGGCCAAGGUGAAAGGCUCGCGGAACAGGAAGAGCUUCUCGCGGAACCGCACGCACAUCGGCCAGCAGCGGCGGCGAGCUCGCACCAUCAGCGCUUGCUCCGACUUGGCGCCGGGCUCUCCGGUGGAGCCCAUUGAGCCUCUGAACACGGAACCCCUCGAGGGAGAGCCGCCCAGCGCGCCGGAGCCCGAGACCGUGGCCGCCCAGCCGCCGGACGCCAGUCCGCCACACAGCAACUCGCCGGCGCCCGAGCGAAACCGCCCCGGGAGCAAGAGUUUUAAAACGAAAAAGCACUUUGUCAGCGAAUGGGUGGGCGAGAAGCAGCCCGACGGCUCGACGGCGCGCACCCCGGAGCCGGCGCCGGAGCGACCGCUCCGCAUCAGCAGCGACCCUGAAGUCCUGGCCACCCAGCUCAACGCCCUUCCGGGUCUGGCCUGCUCGCCGCAGGUCUACAGCACGCCCAAACACUACGUCCGCUUCUCCUCGCCCUUCCUGGCCAACCGCAGCCCCACCGCCCCCGGCGUCCCCACCGGGAGACGGCGCUCCCGAGAAGUGCCCGAAACGCCUCCGACCACCGGCUCCUGCAAGAAGCGAUGGUUAAAGCAGGCACUGGAGGAGGAGGGCUCCACCAGUCCAGCCAGGAGACCCAGUCUCUUCAUGCCCAGCGAAGGUCCUCUCAGCCCGCCCAUUAACGGAGACUCGGACAGCCCCCUCCCCUACAACGGUUCCUGCUCGCUGCCCGGUACCGCUUGUAAUUGGCGACCUCGCCCGACGAGCCAGAAGGACCCGCGUGACGCCCGUUACUUUCUUUCAGAGUUGCCCACGCCUUUGAAAAAGCGCCGCUUGAGCCCCCUGGACGCCUGCAUGUCGGAGAGCUCCACGCCGUACGGCUCCCCUUGCGCCACACCCACUCGGACCGAGCAGUCGGAGACGUCGGCGCCGCCCGCGCUGACGGCCACGCCGCCGCGGCCCCGAGCCGAGGAGUCGCCGGCGGAGCUCUUCGCCAGCACCCCAACGCAAACGCCACAGGAGAGCGACUCUUCAACGGAAAGCUCGCCGGACUUUAGCACGAAAGCAAAUUUGUCGGAGGUCAGCAACCCGGCAGAUCGGCCUCCUUCGUUGAUGCCGUCUCCCUCCGUUCGGACGCCGAGCUCCGACGGUCUCCCGCCCGACGCCAAGACGUCAGCGCCUGACAGUCCGCCGCCGCCGCCCCCCGUUGUGGAGUGCGCCGCCGACUUAGCGGAGGACCGGCCGGAUGGCGUGACGGCGGAGGCCGGCGGCAGCGGCAGCGAGGCUUCCUCCUCUGCCGAAACGUGCGCUUCCGCCUCCUUCCCCGGCUGGAUCAAGAGUCCGGAGAGGUGCCCGACGACGCCGUCUGCCGGCCUCAGCUUCUCCCCCGUCAACUCCAACCUAAGGGACCUCACCCCCUCGCACACCCUGGAGCCCCUGCCGGCUCCCUUCAGACCCGACGCUGCAGCGGGACCCGUGGUGGUGGUGGUGGCGGCGUCAGCCAGCCAGCCGGUUUUCGCCGAGGGCCAGGGGCCGCUCUUCUACCCCUGCGCCGACGACGCCGGCUCGGCCGGCUUCUCGCGCUCGCUCAGCGGCGGCGACGAGACGGGCGGCUCUGCGCAAAACCCCCCGCAGAAGAAGAAGGUCUCCCUGCUGGAAUACAGAAAGCGACAGCGCGAAGCUCGCCGCAGCGGCUCCAAGAUGGACUGCGGCUCGCCCGUGUCCGCCGUGCUCCCUUUGAGCAUGGACGGGUUCCCGGUCGUCGCCAUGGAAACCGGCAGCGAGGCUUCCUUGCCUCCGCCGCCGCCGCCCCCUCCUCCUCCUCCGCCUCCCCCUCACUCUUCCGCAGCCCUCAGCAGCGGCAAGGAGCCGGCGACCACGGAGGAGUGCGAGAGCGCGGGAGAGAGGGAAGGAGGAGAGGUCCAAUGGACGUCAUCCACGUCUGUGGAACAGGCUCGUGAGCGGAGCUACCACAGAGCUUUGCUGCUCAGCAAAGACAAAGACGCAGAUGGCGACACCGAGGGAGGUGAGACACCGUCGCCGAGGGACUGUCCAUCCCCUGCACCUCAAAGGACACCGACUCACGCACCGGGCUCUCCCGGUCCAGUCUGUUCUGUCAUAGCCUCCGGCUGGAAAGAGGAAGACGGCGACGGUCCGCCUCGAGCGGCCAACCAGCCCCUGCAGCUGCCCAUCAAGUCCAAACCCACGCCCGCCACCCCGAGCAGGCUGCACCCGCCGCCCUCCUCCCCCGUGCACUACCCGGGGCCGGCCCUCCUCCACGUGCAGCCUCAGGGCUCGCCCUACCGCAGCCAGCGGGCGCUCUUCUCCUCCCAGUCCCAGAACCAAACGGCAGGCCAGGCCCCGGCGCCUUCGUUCGUGCAGUACAACGCGCAGGCCGCCCCUCCUCCGCCGCCGCCGCCCCCACCUCCCCCUCCGCCGGCGCCACCCGCCUCCACGGCCUACUUCCCCGCUCAGACUGGCUCCCCGGCGGGCCCCUUCUCGGGAUUCAAAGCGGCGGUGACACCUUCCUACUCGCCGGGCUCUCAGGCUCUGAUGCAAACUCUUCCCCACAGCGUGCACUAUCAGACCUCGGCCGCCCCGCCGCCGCCGCCGCCCCCUCCGCCGCCCCCGCACCCUAUGUCCAGCCCCGCCCUGCUGCACGUCAACUUGCAGCCCGCCCCCAUCCAGCAGAUCAUGCUGACCGCCGCCCCCACGUUGACACAGGGCCAGCCCUCGGCUCAGCAGCAGCAGCAACAGCCGCCCCUGUCCCUCACCCCGCCGCCGCCUCCGCCCCCGCCCCCGCCUAACCCUUCGGGCGGCGCCCAAAUGCAGCCCCACCACUUUCCAAACUUGGCGGGUUUUCAGACGACAAUGCUCGCCAACCCCUCGGUGCCCCCGUCCUCGUACCCCCCGUCCCUUCAGCAGAGCGGACUGCCGCCGCCGCCGCCACCGCCCCCGCAACAGACUCAGCAAGGCUCAGCUCCGUCCGCCGCCCCCCAGGUGCCGGCCGGAGCCCGCGGAGGCCCCGCCUCCUCCGCGCCCUUUCACACUUCGGGUUACCUGAGCACAGGGUGGCACUGAACUCUGCCUAAGCAGGAUUUGGGGAUGAGGGUCAGGUUGUAAAACGAUGGAAAUGGUUAGGAAAUGUCCAUGGGGUAAGGGAAUUUUCCUUUGUACGUUGUCGGAAAUUCAUUUGAGAGAGGUUUCGAAAUCAACCGUUCAUUUUGUAUCACGGGACAGAGAGACAUCCAUGCAAAUGAAUAGCUCUCCCACAUAACAGUAUCUGCGCAGAUUUAUUUAUUUAUUUAUUUAUUUGGCUUUUGGCUCCCGCCGCAACCAAUUGCAGCGCAUCAUUGUAGUUCCGAUAAUUCAAAUUCACAUUCCUUCUUUAGUCCCACCAAUUCCCAUGGAGAUCUUCCCCACACUUCCAUCAUUUUGCAACCCCAAACGCGGAACCGGGGCGCUGUAGAUAUGUUUUCUAUGGCCAGUGGAAAAACAUGAUUGUUGGAUAAAAGGGUAUUUAAAAAGAAAAAAGAAAAAGUCCAAACAAAACAGACUGACGACAUCUUCAGGACAAACUGUAAAAGAUGGACGACCGACCGGACGACCCAACGUGGUGCUCUUGGCGCUCUUCUCCUUUUUCUACUUCCUUCCUGUGACAGGUGGGGGAGGACUUGACUGUUGUGCGUCUCGUUCGGGCUCCCGUUUUCUUGUUCAACUGCACUUUGUUUCGCAAUGGACAUUCCAGCCUUUAGCCCUCCUCUUUUCUCCUCCUCCUCUUUUCUCCUCUUUGGUCCGUCUGUUGUCUCUGUUGUUUUUCUCUAGCGUUUGUUUUGUAUAGAAAAAGCGACAUAUUUUUGUCAAAUUCCUCCGUCUGACAUCAGAAGUCUGCUGAGCGCCUCCUCGGGGCUCCCGGACCCGGCGUGUUUGGCGGUGGUCCCGGGCGGGCCGAGCCGAGCGCCUCCUCCGCGGGUGGGAUGCUCGCAGUUUAUUUUUUUUUCAAUAAGGAGCGUUACUUACUUGUAGAAGGUGUAAUUAAAUGUAUCAUAGGUGGUUACGCCGGCUUUCACCAGGAACACGUUUGUAAAUAUUUUCUUCUUUUCUUUUUUUUUCUACGCCUGUACAAUUCGCAGCCAUCGCCUCCCAUUUUUUCAAACAUGCUUGUACAUAGGAACGCUCUUCUUGGCAAAGCUGAAUGUUUCCGUGACUGUAGCAUUAUUUUUUUUAUUUACGCCCUCUCUGGACACAUUGACGCUGUCCUGUUUUUUGUUUGUUUUUUAAUUAUUAUUAUUAUUAUUCGUGUGCGUGCGUGCGUAUGUUUGUGUGUGAGUGUGUUUGUGCCGAGGGGAGGAGCUCACAGACACUGCACUGGUUGGCUAUUUUCAUGGUUCAUUAUAAUAAAUCACUGUAAUGACAGUUUUCUAAACA